UUUGGAUCAACAUAUUCCAAAAAGACAAAGAAAAAGGAUAGGCAUUGAGCGACACCCAUUAUAAUGAGCUACAUAUAGCGCUCGUCUCUUUCUCUCUCGCUCUCUCCACGCCUCUCGUGGUCCCACCAAAUCACAGUACUACCUUCUAUAGUAGACACCAUAUAAAGACUGAGAUUUUUGUGCAGCAAGAAAAAGGUUACUCCAACUGAGAUACACGUAUUUAGGGUUUGAGGAGACAAGUACAAUAAGUUUCUUACCAACCUGGUCUAGCUAGAAAGGAAACAAGUAUGGAAUGGAAUAAUGGGAAUAACCAGAUUAGACCAAGCUUUCUGUCUCAUCAAUCAACUUCCUUCAACUUUCUCUAUAACAGCCACUACCCAGAGACAGAAACACAGGCAGGGGCGCAUGGGGGAAUGGGAGAUGUGAUGGAGGAUGUGAACAGGGUGCAGCAGCAUGGGGCUAGUCAUGAGAAGAAGAAGAGGAUGACGAGUGAGCAGCUGGAGUAUCUGGAGAGCAGGUUUCAGGAGGAGAUGAAGCUGGAUCCUGAUAGGAAGAUCAAGCUGGCUCGGGAGCUGGCUCUGCAGCCGCGCCAAGUGGCUGUGUGGUUCCAGAACCGAAGGGCUCGCUGGAAAACUAAGCAGCUUGAGCAUCUUUACCUUUCUCUUAAACACCAGCUCGAUCUCGUUUCCAUGGAAAAGCAUAAGCUCCAGGAGGAGGUAGUUGCGCUGAGGGCGAUUCUAAAGCAAGAAGUUACGAGAAAGCAGGUGUGGGGAGGCUGCAACAACCCCGCUACCACCACAGACAUGACCUCCGCUGAAGACACCGUCGAGAGCACGUCAGUUUUUCCUAGUUCGAUGCACGUGAAAACCACGCGAGUACGUUCCUGCACCGAAAACAACAAUAUGAAUGUUACAGCAAAUUAUCAGGGCACCUACGUAUUCGAGGCUGAUGAGUACAACAAUUCGGCCAACUGGGGAGCUGCUGGUACUGCUGUAAUGCCUUGUUAUAAUCCUUAAAUAUAAUGAUCCGCAAAAUAAUUAAACCGAAUUUCAUCAAUCAUAUAUGACUAUAGUACUCUAGUGCCACUAAUCCUAGAUUCCUAGCUAGUUUUGUACGCACGUACUGUAAUGCUUUAAUUUGAUCUGCAUGCUUAAGAUAAGGUACGGUGCAGUGCUGUAGCACUGCGACUGUCAUCGUCCUAGCUAGAGAGUAGCAAAGGUAGUUAACGUUUGGUGACUUGUAUUGAUUUUCGAUUCGGAAGCUGAGCUUUCAUGUGUGUACUGUGUAAGGACCAUUAUCAAUUAAUUAGAAAGACCCCAGUGGUUACUUAUCGAUU